ACUGUGUAAACAUUUAUUCAGGUUAGAAUUUGGCAAUGGCUUUGGACAGUGGUGCUUCUAUUGUUUGCCCAACACUUGCAGUUCGUUCUAAUGUUGGAGUGGAAGUAUGGUCGUGUGAAAACUUGAGUUUGCAAUAUGCGUAUAAACCAAAUCUUCCAAAAGAAGACAGCAAAAAUUGUCGAUCUAUAUCGUUUAGUGCGGAUGGUAGAUAUUUUGCUUAUUCAAAUGGAACUGAAAUUAAAGUACUUAAAACCAACGAUUGGGCGAUUGAAUGCACACUGCCACGUCCAAAAGCCUUCUACCUCAAAUUUUCGCCGCUUGGAAAUUACUUAGCAACAUGGGAAUUAUAUACUGUUACCAAAGACAAGCCAGAGGGUUCAUCUAAUAUGUUCAUAUAUGAACUUAGUUCUGGUUUGGAGGUUUUUGCUACUGUGCAGAAAAAUCCUACUGAUUGGGAGCCGUCAUGGUCGUCUGACGAGUCACUUUUUGCCAUUGUUAUAGGAGGUGAAGCACUGUUUUAUGAGAUAUCAGGAGAUAUUACGAGUUUUCACCGCUAUACAAGGAAAAUUGGUGGUAACAGAGGAGCGGUGGUGUCAUUGUCCCCAGGAGCUUGCCCACCUUAUGUUGCGGUAUAUACACCCGGUAGUAAGGGAGGACCGUCAAUGUGCAAGCUUUACAAAUAUCCUUCGCUUUCACCUAACCAAGCAAUUGCUUGUAAAAGUUUUUUCCAAGCUGAUCGUGUUGACUUACUUUGGAACAAACGUGGAUCCGGGAUUCUACUAUUGACAUCUACAGAAGUUGAUAAAAGUGGGGCAUCAUAUUAUGGAAAUCAAGCAUUACAUUUUAUGGCGACCAAGGGGGAUUCUUGCUCUGUACCUUUAUGCAUGAAGAAACGUGUUUGUCGUUUGCAUUAUAAUUGUUAUAUCUCAGUUAUCAACAUUCAUAGAAUACAAGAACCAAACCCAGAAAAAGAGAAAAAAAUUCGGCACGUUGCAAAAAAAUUGUCCGACAUUAAAAAACUGAAGUUGCGCCAAGAGCAAGGUGAAACGCUUGAGUUGAAUCAACUAAAUAAAAUUUCAAUGGAGGCUAAGUUCUUGGAGGAAUUAAAGAUAUUAAAGCUGACCGCAUAGAUAACAUCUGAAACCGACCACAUUUUUUAACUGCCACACAAUAUCCAUGCCGUUCAAAUUAUCUCAAAAUUUUUAGGGUUGCAAAUAUGUAAAUGGAAAAUUGAGAUUAAGUAUUAAUCUUUAUUUUGUAUUUACUUUUUGUUUGAUAGUGUACAAAACAUAUUGUAUUUAUUCCAAAACAAUAGAAACAUCUAUAUUCAGUGUAAACAGUUAUUAUUGACAAUAAAUUUAUGUUCGGUAUGCGGCUUUAUUCUUUAAAAUAUGCGUUUGUACGUGCUGCACCGUGAAAUUCGUGCGAAACUAUUCGUUGGGCAUAUGGCAGGUUAUGGCCGACUUCGUCAAUGUACUACUGCAAAGCAUCGAAUGAUUAAUUUAACGUUUUAUAACACUUCCGCAAUAUUUUAUUUAAUUUUUUUGUCGAAUUUUUAAAUGUAAUAAUAGAUUAAUAGAGCCUAUCGUUGCUUAAAAUGUAAAAUAACCAUCAAAAACACACUAUUUUAACCUUCUGCUAUCAGAUAUAACCAAGUUAUGACCUAAAAACAUUUAUUUCAAUAUGACUAGUUUCUAUUUCUAUUCAUUUUAGGCGAUGAUAUGUAAAUGGCAAAAACUGCGUACGAUUACCAGUUUAAUGCGUUUCAAAAAAAAAA